AUGGGAGACCAAAGUCCAACAGGAUCGAAGUUGAGUCCAGUUCUCAUCAAGAUCAAGCCUUACCUGGCUAUGGUCUCCCUUCAAUUUGGAUAUGCAGGCAUGUAUAUCAUCAGUAUGGUCUCGUUUAAACAUGGCAUGAGCAACUUUGUUCUCUCAGUCUACCGUCAUGUUGUUGCCUUUUGUGUUAUUGCCCCGUUCGCCUUUGUUCUUGAAAGGAAAAUAAGGCCAAGAAUGACUCUCCCGAUAUUCCUCAGAAUAGUUCUGCUUGGUUUUCUUGAGCCAGUUCUUGAUCAAAACUUAUACUUUCUGGGAAUGAAGUACACCUCAGCAACGUUUGCAUCUGCUGUUGUCAACGUCCUUCCUGCCAUCACCUUCAUAAUGGCAGUUUUUUUCAGGUUAGAGAGUGUGAACGUUAAGAAGCUACAUAGCCUGGCAAAGGUGGUGGGAACUGUAAUCACUGUUGGAGGAGCCAUGGUGAUGACACUGUACAAAGGCCCCAUUGUGGAUAUCAUACGAGGCCACACACACAGCCACAGCACUAGCACCACCGACUCCACCAACCAGCAUUGGGUGGCUGGGCCUUUGAUGCUCUUAGCUAGUUGCGGUGGUUGGGCCAGUUUCUUCAUCGUUCAAUCAUUUACUUUAAAGAAGUACCCAGCAGAGCUUUCUCUCACAGCUUGGAUAUGCAUUAUGGGAGUGUUGGAAGGUGGGGUAAUAACAUUAGCGGUGGAACGCAAAAUGAGUGUUUGGGUUAUAGGCUGGGAUUCGAGGCUCCUUGCUUCAGUUUACUCUGGAAUUGUUUGCUCUGGACUUGCAUAUUAUGUGCAAGGUGUUGUGAGUAGGGAACGAGGCCCCGUUUUUGUAACAGCUUUCAGUCCUCUCUGCAUGAUCAUCACCGCUGCCCUAGGAGCCAUCGUUUUAGCUGAAAAGGUCCACCUUGGAAGUAUAAUUGGAGCCAUUUUCAUAGUCUUCGGUCUCUACACUGUGGUAUGGGGCAAAAGCAAAGACCCACUAGCCUCAAGCGCACCAUUGAAAGACGAGAAAAGCAAUAACCUUGAGUUGCCAGUGACGGCUGAUCCCAACGACAUCAGUGGACGCACCUGA